AUGGACCAGAGGAGGGCGCUCUUCCACUGGAUGCAGCAGUGGGGGCUGAACACGUACCUUUAUGGUCCUAAAGACGACCUGAAACACAGACUGUUAUGGAGAGAAGUUUACUCCUCUGACGAAGAAGCUCAGUUGAGGGCCCUGAUCCUGGAGGCUGAGCUCAGGGGCCUCACCUUCGUCUAUGCUCUGUCUCCGGGGCAAGACAUCGUCUUCUCCUCGUCCUCAGACCUCAGUCUGCUCAAGAGGAAACUGCAACAGGUGUGUGAGCUGGGCUGUGGGGCCUUCGCCCUCCUCUUCGAUGACAUAGAUCCGUCCCUGUCUCAGGCAGACUCUGAGCUGUUCUCGUCUUUGGCUCAGGCUCAAGUCUCUGUGACCAACGACAUGUACCUGAGUCUGGGAGAACCUGCUGUCUUCCUGUUCUGCCCCACAGAAUACUGUGGGUCCCUGUGCUCUCCCAGUGUUUCCAAGUCUCUGUAUCUGCAGACGGUGGGAGAAGAACUGCUGCCAAGCAUCUCUGUGAUCUGGACAGGCAGCAGAGUGAUCUCUCGGACCCUGACGGUGGAGAGUCUGUCGGAGGUGGAGGGGGUCCUACAGCGCCCCCCUCUGGUCUGGGACAACCUUCACGCCAAUGACUACGACUCACGCCGCCUCUUCCUGGGGCCCUUUAAAGGCCGGGCCCCUGAGCUCCGCACUCAGCUCAGGGGCCUCCUGCUGAACCCCAACUGUGAGUUUGAGGCCAACUACAUCCCCCUGCACUCCCUGGGCUCCUGGUUCAGGGGCCACCAGACCCAAGACUGCGAGUACUGUCCAGAGCGCGCCCUGACCUCAGCUCUGAGAGACUGGAUGGACGAACUCAACCGCCCCCGACAGGCAGGUCACCAGAGCAGAAAGGCAGGUUCUGGGUCAGAAAGGACCAUCCCACUGCCUGUGUUCCCCCUGGACCCCAGCUCUCCCCCCGGCUCUCACCCCUGCUCCCCCCCCUCAUCCCCCCGCAUAGAACCCAGGGGCCCUCAGCAGAGGAGCAGCUCUGGGUGUAAGUCUGAGGCCGGAGAGGCACUAAAGACCCAGACCAGUAGUGGCACCUCCUCGGGGGGGAAGGGCGCUCUCACAGAGGACCAGGUGCGCCUCCUGGUGGGUCUGCACUAUCUGCCCCACGAGCACGGCCCCUCUGCCCACAGGCUGCUCCAGGACCUCACCUGGCUCAAGGCCAACUGCCACAUGGUCAGCAGCAACGGCAAGAAGACCCCCACCCAGAAGGUGGAGGAGUGGAGAGAGAAGUCCAGACGCUUCCUCUCCCUCUGUCAGGACAUAGCAGAUCUUCACUGUAGCGUUGUGGGCGGAGCUAACCGUGCAGUGCUCUACGACCUUUACCCGUAUGUGUGGGACCUGCGCAACACGGCCCUGCUGGCCAGGGCCUUCGUCUGCUGGCUGGACGGACGAGUGAUGAGUGACAACUCAGCCCUGGGCUCAUGGAAGGACUGCUUCCACUGGUGUGGCCAGAGUCCGGGGGGAGAGCAGGGGGUGGAGUCAGAGCCCUGGGUCUUCAAAGGGGGCGUGUCUGGAGAGGUGCAGAUGCUCCUCCCAGCAGGGGGCAGCACUGAGCUCUUCACACACCCUCCCCCGCUGUUCCCCACCUCCCGCCUCUACAACAUCAGACCGUACCUCAGCAAGGACAAGGUGGAGUUGUAUCGUAUGGUUCGUCAGUUACACACUCAGAGCGAAACCAGCUCUCACCCGGACCUCAUCGGAGACAGGUGCCUGGGUGCCUGCCUGGCCCUGUGUCCUGAGUACUGCUUCAUCCUGGAGGACGAGCUGGGGGUGUGUGGAUGUGUAUUGGGGGUCCAGGACGUGCGCUCCUUCAAUAAGAGGUGUCAGGCCAGCUGGUUCCCCGCCAUGAGGGACAAGUACCCCCCCCGAGCCCUCCCCCUUCAGGAGUCAGUGGGGGGGUUGCAGGAGGACCUGGGGGAGUACCCAGACUCCCUCCUCUAUCACUUCCCCUCACAGCUGCGCCUCGAUGCUCUCCCAGAGCUGGUGGACGUCAGUGUGAGUCGCACUCUACUGACGGCUCUGCUCACUGCUCUGAAGGCCAAUGGUUCCCCAGGUGUGUUCUGUGAGGUCCAGCCCACUGACCGUCAGCGCCUUGAGUUCCUCACCAAACUGGGGUUUUUGGAGAUCCUGAGGGGGGAGGCCAGGAGCAGGGAGGGGGUGGUGAUGGGACGCCUGCUUUAG